GGCAGGUCGUUCGUCAGUCUGAGAAGAGGAGCAGCAGGAGACGGACCAGCCUCGUCUCCUUUCUAAUGCUCUCAUCACCCCUCUCUCCAACUCCUUUGAAACAACUCUUAUCCUCCAGGAUUGUCCUUCGUUGCUUCCCCUCUUCCUUUUUCAGUUGCACCUAUUUAUUUUUAUUUUAUUUUUUUGUUUACCCAACCCAGCCGUGCCCUCAACACCUCUAGAGAUGUGAGUAGAUAACGAGAACCUCCUGUCAACGGUGACUUGACUCCCCCGUGCUUCAGAGAACCGAACGUCCUCACCUCCAUCUCCGUUCUUUUGGCCGUUUAUCUUUUAACAAUGUAGGAGAAGCUGCGCUGUCAUCUCAGCGAAGAGGAUGCAAACUCUUGUUUUUGGUCUCCGCAUCUUACAGCUUUGAUUUUCCAGGAGGGGAGAAAUGAAAGAUUUGCGCGAGGGCAAAGUUUGAGGGUACCUCUUAUGGUUUCCCGCUCACCUGUCCGCCUGCACGCGCGUUCCCUUCUCCUUUUAACUAAUAAUAAGGAAGAUUAUCGUCAACAGAACAACUGACCAGCAACUUCAUAAAUACCCGAGUAUUGCCCCGUUAUUCUUUUGUGGAAUUUGGAAGCGGCAUUGGAGGAAUUUGAUGUGCGCAACGUUGAAGGAUAUGGCUUAAAUAAUGUUUGCGUUCAUGACAGCUGGAGUAAGGUCCGUCACUUGAGUAUUGCUGUCAGCUACUGUCGAAACCCAUCUAAAUGGGAGGAUACCUGGAGGACUGAGUAGGAUUCGGCGGUCGAUAAAAAUGUGGAUAAAACGGAGCGUUGCGCGCAGUCCGUCUGUUUUGAGGCCAGGCAGCUGUGUGGGGCAUCGAGUGUGGAUCCUGCUGGCCAUGACCCACCUCACCCUGGAUUUCUCCAUGUGCAGCCCUUUCAGUCAGGGCCUGGGGAUCAAACUCACACCCAAAUCGGUGCCUCGCUCACGGCCUCGCAUGCACCCCAUCUGGGACAUGCCCAACAAGCUUCACUGGAGAACAGUGAGCCCAUUGGCCCGCCGGCUCCUCAACCCUCUCCCUCCACCCCAAGACAACAGAGCAGGAAUAGGGCUAAGAGGCAAGAGUCAAAAGCAUCGGAAGCUAGCACAUAAAGGACAAGCAGCAUGUAAGGAGUGCUGGUUGAGAUACUUUCAAAAGGAGACAGGUGAUCCUUUGGCUGUAAUAGCAGAAGCUCCAGCAGCUUUACCCAGUGGCAGCAGAGGAGACACAGUGAGGUUGUUACUUAGAGCCAGGAGGCAGCUCAAAUGGGACAGCUAUGACAAGUCUCAGGAGGGCCGGACUACCACAGUGGCUGGAUUUAUUGACUGGGGACCCACAGGGACAGACAGCUUAGAUGGCGAUGACAAAUCGGAGCUGAAUGUAACGCUGCCCGCCAGGGUCUCAACUACCACAGUGGCUACGACCACUAGUACUACAACCAGGCCCUUCCCAAGGACGUUCAGUGUGGUGACCACACCACACCCCAAGAGGGCCAGCACCACCAAGGCCCCUGUCAGCUCCGAGACUGUCAAGCCACCAAAGCCAUAUGGGGAAACACCAGGUUUGGCAGUUCACCAGAUAAUCACAAUCACUGUGUCACUCAUUAUGGUCAUCGCAGCCUUGAUCACAACACUUGUCCUUAAAAACUGCUGUGCACAGUCGGGAAAUGGUCGCCACAAUAGCCAUCAGCGCAAGAUCCACCAGCAGGAAGAAAGUUGCCAAAACCUGACAGACUUCACCCCAGCCCGGGUACCGAGCAAGGUGGACAUAUUCACUGCCUACAAUGACAGUCUGCAGUGCUCGCAUGAGUGUGUUCGGACUGCCGUGCCCAUCUACACUGAUGAGAUGAUCCAGCAGACACCUGUCUACAAGACUGCCUACAACGGCAACAGGCCCUCCCCCACCGAAAGACAACUGAUUCCUGUGGCCUUUGUGUCAGAGAAAUGGUUUGAGAUCUCUUGUUGACACGCUUAAGGCCUCCUUCACUUCCUGUGGGUGGAAGAGACUUUCUGAAUUCACACUCUGGAUCCAGUUGGAAACAAGAAACACACAAAACAACUUCUUUUGUAAAAAUAGUGUGAUCACACUUUGGACACUGGUGAAGAUAUUUAUUUUUCUAGAGAUGACAAGCAGAGCAGCCAAAACGUUGCCCCUCCAUACUGUAUUUGCAGUCAUUUAGAUAUAGAUUAUAUAUAAGAAUAUUUACAGGAUGUGUGGGAUGAGACUGUGGACGUCACAGAUGUCUCAAGGAAAACAUUUGACAUUUGAGACAGAAACCCAAGGAGCUGCUGUGGGCAGAAGAUGAACUGUAUUUACGAACAAUGUGCCAAUAAUGCCACUAUGUGCCACAACCUGAAUA